AUGACACCAAACUCCACGGCCGCGGGGCCAUACGACGACCGAGAGUUCCCUUCAGCAACAUCACCUCGCUCUCAGUCCGAUGUCAUCACGCCGAUACGCGAGUCGCACGGUCUCAUUAGCGAUCGUGUCGAGCGGAGGUCUUCCGAAAAGCGGGACGACCACGACGGCGUAUCAGUCGGCGAUGCGGGCCCAGAGCGGCGCAGCGGCCGGUGGCGGGGUUACUUCCGCAGAGGCGGCAAGUUGAGGCCGUUCCGGCUACUGAAGGAGGACUUUGGGAACUUCAGGCUGCGGUACUACUCCGACUGGACUGUGUUCAACCAGCUCGUCCUGGCGAGCGCGGUGUAUGUCUUCUUCACCAACAUCUUGCCCGGUAUCACGUUUGCCAGCGACCUGUAUGUCCUGACGGGGGAGUCGUGGGGCACCAUCGAGGUUGUGUUUAGUACUGGGCUUUGCGGCGUCAUCUUUUCCCUGUUUUCGGCUCAGCCGUUGACGAUCCUCGGUGUGACCGGGCCAUUCUCGGUACUGGCGGAGAACAUCUACACUCUGUGCGAGAACUCAUUCAAGGUAUAUGGGGCUCAAGUUACUCGCUUUUUCAUCACGCUGACUCUCUUCCUUCCAAAGAUUCCCUUCCUGCCCUUCAUGGCAUGGUCGCUCAUCCACUCCGGCUGGAUGCACUACCUACUGGCCAUAUUUAACGCCCACGACUACACCAUGCAAUACGUCACCGACUUCAGCGCCGACAUCUUUUCUCUUCUCAACAGCGUCAUCUACUUCUACAAAGCCGUCCGGGAGCUUCAGCGCACAAAGGCCGUCGUCUCGCUCGCCGCCUUCCUGUACUCCAUCAUCGGUGCUGCGGGAACCUGCAUGCUCGCCAUCUUCCUGUCCACGGCCGUCUCGUGGAAACCGCUGUUCCACAGGUACGUCCGCAUGGGCCUGACCGAGUAUGCAGCGGCCAUCUCCAUCGUAUUCUUCAUCGGCAUGCCCUACGUCGGCGACCUGGCCCAGCUCGACCACAACCGGCUGGAGGUCUCCAAGACGUUCAGGCCCUCGUCGCCGAGCAGAGACUAUUUCUUUGUGGAGUUCUGGAAGCUCUCUAUCGGGUGGAUCUUCAUCGCCAUCAUACCAGGCAUCAUCAUCACCGUCCUCUUCUAUUUUGACCACGAGAUCAGCAGCAUCAUAUGCACGGCCAAAAGGUACGGGGUCCAGAAACCGGGGGGCUAUGCGUGGGACGUCAUGCUCCUUGGCACGACGACCAUCAUGUGUGGAAUCCUCGGGAUUCCGCCGGCCAACGGGCUGCUGCCGCAAGCACCACUCCACUCUGAGUCCCUGAUGUACACGGUCUAUGAGGAUCCGCCGACGAGCGACUCAGGGCCCGGCGACGACCCCCCCGCGAAACCCGUCCUGCGAGUGUACGAGCAGCGGUAUUCGCACUUCAUCCAGGCGGCGGGCAUCCUGCUGUUCAUCUCGCCGCCGUUCCAGCACGUGUUGGGGCUGACGCCGACGUCGGUCCUUGCGGGUUUGUUCAUGUUCAUGGGCUAUCAGUCACUGUCCGUGAACCCGAUCCUCACCAGGAUCUGGCAGCUCCUCACGCCCAUCUCAGAGCUCCCUGACCUGCCGCAUGGCGCAAGCUGGAUGGGGAUCCACUUCUACACCAUCACGCAACUGGUCCUGACGGGCAUCGUCUUCGGCGUUACGCUGACCGUCGCUGCCCCUGGGUUUCCCAUCAUCAUCAUCAUCCUGGUCCCUGUGCGGUUGUUCUUCAUGAACAGGGUCUGGAGCCGCCAAACGCUGCGGUACGUCGACGGUUGGGCCACCAGGGAAGGCAAACCGGAAGACGAUAACAACGAUCGCCGUCGGGGAGGCGUCGUGACUUCAGGGGCUGCAGCUAGACAGGCUGCUGAUGCCGACGAAGAAAAGGGCAACAAGAUCACGGCACCUGCGCCCAACCAUUCUGGCAAGGUCGUUCUACCAUCUGUGCCGUUUCUUCAAUACGCGGCCGGAACUGUAGAAACCAGAAGUUAUGUCGCUGUCUGCAUCAACCUCGCCUUCGCCAAAUUGCUCCUCGAACGCGGCUGCUCCGUAAUGAUAGGCGACCUCGCUCUCCGCCCAGGCGCAUCCUCACUCUUGGCCCAAUAUCCGCAUCCGCGGCAGCCCAACCGGCCCUCGGCCCUGUUCCAGCCCACCAACGUCGCCUCCUGGCCACAGCUCACGCAGCUCUGGACCAAAACUCUGGAAUCCUUUCCCCAGGUCGACAUUGUCGUCCCAGGAGCCGGGAUCUUCGAGCCCUCUUGGAGUUCGUUCUGGAGGCCCCCGCAAACGGAGACAAAUCUGCAGACGAAGUCUCGUGAUGCUGCGGAUGCGGAGCCCGGUACGUACGCCGUGCUUGACGUGAACCUGGCGCACCCGAUCCGGUUGAGUCAGCUUGCGAUCGGACACUGGACCCAGCAGAAGCGAGAGGGGUGUCUGGUGCAUGUGGGUAGCAUCGCAGGCUACGCGGCGGGGAUUGGAUCGCCGCUGUACAUGGCGAGCAAGCAUGGUCUGCACGGGUUUGUGAGGUGUAUGGGAGGUAUGAGAGACCGGUUGGGGAUCCGUUGCAGUGCCGUCGCGCCGGGGGCGGUCAUGACGCCGAUGUGGUUGGAAGACACAGAGAAACAGCACGUGGCGCAGGGAGAGGGCUCGAAUCUGUUCAUCGACUCCGAAGAGAUUGCUAGGGGCAUGCUGGAGCUUUGCGAGAACCCCGAGCACGGCGAUGGGACAAUCCUGGAGGUCACGAAGGGCGCCACGAGGGUUGUGCCCCUGUAUCACGCUGAGCCUCCCGGGGGGAAGGGGGCGGUGAUACCGCGGCUUGUUGAUGAGGCCGAGAAGAUCUGGGGCGAGCUCGAGAGCUUAGGAUUGAAGGUGUAG